AUGCUACUGAACCCUGUCACCUUCACCCCCUUCUCGGUCAAUGAUAUCCUCAGGCUGGAGCGAGAGCAGAUUGAUUCCGAGUCCUUGCAACUCCGGGGGACACGGAAGAUCCCUGAAAGCUUUCAGUGUCUGCGAUUUGUUCCAGAACCGCGAAAGGCAGAGGUUCCCAGCACCUACUGGGGCGGCUGCUGCGACAGCGGCAGAAGGCAGGACGAGUCGGGGUCUCCUGGUGGUCCCUGUGAGACAGUCACGGACAUGGACGCAGAACGGGUCGGGGAGCCAGAGCCGGGCCUCAGCGCAGCCCCGCCCCUCCACGGCGGGACCAGGGGGCCGGAGCGCUGCGUAGGCGACGUUGGCAUCGGCACGCGCGGGAACAGCACCGAGCAGCCCAAGGCGCGGCAGCGGCGGAAGCCGCGCGUGCUUUUUUCGCAGGCGCAGGUUCUGGCGCUGGAGCGGCGCUUCAAGCAGCAGCGGUACCUGUCGGCGCCCGAGCGCGAGCACCUGGCCGGCGCGCUGCAGCUCACGCCUACGCAGGUCAAGAUCUGGUUCCAGAACCGGCGCUACAAGUGCAAGAGACAGCGCCAGGACAAGUCCCUAGAACUGGCGGGCCACCCCCUAGCGCCGCGCCGGGUGGCGGUGCCCGUGCUUGUGCGGGAUGGCAAGCCCUGCCUGGGCCCCGGCGCGCCGGCCUUUUCUGGCCCUUACAGCGCGGCCGCGGCGCCCUAUUCCUGUUACGGCGGCUACGCGGGCGCUCCUUUCGGCGCCGGUUACGGUGGUGGCUACGCGGGUGCGCCCCCGGGUUCCGUGCAGCCCGCACCUCUGGCCCGCGCCGGCUUCGCUGUGGGUGGCCCCAGCGCCAGCCCGCAGAGCCCUCUGCCCGCCCCGCUGCAGGGUGUCAGGGCCUGGUGA